GCGCAGGCCCGUGCCGUGCCGUGCCGCCCGGCAGUGGGGCAGGCGGGCGGCCAUGUGGGUGUUCGGCUACGGCUCCCUCAUCUGGAAGGUGGAUUUCCCCUACGAGCAGAAGAUGGUGGGGCGCAUCCUGGGCUACAGCCGCCGGUUCUGGCAGGGCAGCACGGACCACCGCGGCGUGCCGGGCAAGCCUGGAAGAGUUGUGACUCUGGUGGAAGAUCCUGAGCAGGGGUGUGUAUGGGGUGUUGCUUACAGACUGCCACCUGGACAAGAAUGUGAAGUAAAGGCAUACCUGGACUUCAGAGAGAAAGGAGGCUACAGGACUGCAACUGUCAAUUUCUACCCCAAAGACUCCUCAGUAAAGCCAUUUGAUGUCCUGCUGUACAUUGGCACCUGUGACAACCCUAACUACCUUGGUCCUGCUCCUCUGGAGGAGAUUGCGGAACAGAUUCUGAAUGCAGUUGGUCCUAGUGGAAGAAACACAGAAUACCUGUUUGAACUUGCCAGUUCCAUCAGAAACCUCAUACCAGAGGAUGUAGACGAGCAUCUCUUCUCCUUAGAAACACUAGUAAAGAAACUCUUAGAAAAGCAUCAAAACCUCAACAGUCUAUAAAUAGUUGUUGUGGUUUCAGCCUGAACCCAGGACAAUAGUUUAUUUCUUUUAGUGAUCUUACUUCACCUUCAGAGGAAUGGUUUCAUUGCACAAUGGAUAUAUGACUUGGAGGCAUGUUUCUCUGUACUAUGCUAUCUUAUUUUCAUAUUUAGAAUAGUAGUUGGUCACUAAAACACACCAUUACAAAACUAAUUCUUUCAGGAGCCAAUAGAAAAGGGAGCAGAGAAAGUGUUUUAUUUAGGUUUGAAUUUGGUAUAUUGGGCUUUUAGCCAAAGACUGCAUCUUUCUGAAAAGCUCAAGAGAACUCUUUGUUUGAAGACUUUAAUUACAAUUUCAGGUUUAAAAGAAAUAUUUAGAGUAUUUUUAAGAUGAAAGUCUACAUUUAAAUACAACUCCUAUUGAUUUAAGUGGUAGUUCUUUCUGAUUCCAGAGCAAAGGUGAGGGUCCCUGUCAGCUGAAGAGGUAAACGUUAAGUAAGAGUUGUAAACUGCAUAGUAAAUACACAAUAGAACAUUUACCUCUUCAAUGUUCAGCUUCACUGAAAUGAAGUUAUUGCACUGAAUUAGUCACUUUACCCUUUACAUAUUAUUUUGUCUUUAAAAAAAGAGGAUAAACCUUUCUUACUGUCAAGGGAAGACUUCUUCCCCUUGGCUCAUGUCAAACCCCUGAAAGCCAAAGCACAGGAGACUUGGACACAAACAAGCCAUAACUUAUCAGUGCCUCCUUUUAGUUUCUAAUAUAAAGAAUAAAGCCAAAAUGUUAAAAUUCAGAAUAUGACUUGAAGUCACAAUGCAGCAAGAACAUUCAGAAACUCUCAUCUUCCAUUACCUGUGUUUAGUUGCUGUUGUAACCCAUCUUUUAAAGAAAUCCCCCAUGUCUGAGGGUAGACUUUAAGCCAGUACUUUUCAACUGCUGUUACAGGGAUUCACAGACAAAAGGUUCUUAAGAAAGGAACCCUCUUUCCAGUGUGUUGUACAGGCAUCCAUAGGAAGAAGGUUGGGAAGCCACCAGUUCAGGCUGGCAGGUUUACUUCACACAAAACAGAAGGAAAUGGAGUUUCCGUCCAAGAAGGCCUUGUUUUGCUUCUCAGAAAUCUAAGUGAUCUUUGUUCAUUUUUAACAAAUGUGUAUUUUUGUAUGUUAAUAUAGGAAAGGUUCUGUUUCAAACACCAUGUAACGUCAGAUGUUCUCGCACAGAGAAUGUGUGUUUAGAAGUAGCUUUUAAGCCUGUAUUUUGUAUCAGCGAUGGGAAACCCUGUAUUAUUCUACUAUACAGGUUGUCCCUUUCUCUUCUUUACAUUUUCUUGUUUUAUAUUUGCAAUUGCUUGAAAAUAUCAGGGUUAUCAGAAUAAGAAGCUGUUAUCCUUUUACCUGGCCACCUAUAAAAGCCAACAAGAACACCGAUGAAUGUUAAUAGGAAACAUUUGGGAAAGGCAGUUGGAUGAGUAAAAAAUAAGAUCCUAAAAUUCAAACCUAAAUUUGAGAUAAUUACACCAGUUAUAAUAUUUAACCAAAAAGAUGGAUUUUUUACAUACCAGAUUAUGAUUUUAGGGUGUCUCUGGCAUCUCUUAAGCAUUGAUCCAUUGAGGGGGGGGAAAAUAGAAGCUUUUAGAAGCUACUACUCACUAUUGAUAGUUGAAUGCCACUAUUUUAAGAGUACCUGAUGGGGGUAUCACUUGAUGGGCUACUCUACACUGCAGAAGCAAAUCCUCUGAUUGUACUGGCAAAGUAAUUCUGUGUACUGAGCCCCCAUUUUUCUAUUUGGAUGUGAGUUACUUGCAAACUAAUGGAAUAUCCUUUGAAGGUCUUGAUUCUCCACUGCACUGUGCUGGUUUAUGGUUGAUGUACCUGAGUGGAAAAGCCACCCCAGUGGUAUAGCAGGAGACGAGCUGGAUCUGAACUUCCAGGAUAAUAGCCCUCAAGAUUCCCAAAGCUGGAACUGAGUGACUUCAUGCACCAAAGAUGGACAGUGAUAACCAUCACCCAAAUCAGCAUUAAUGAAGAUGUUCCUUUACACAUGUACUUAUUCACCUGGACUUAAAAAGUAACUCCUUAAGUGUUGCUGGAUACUUAACUGUUACCAAAACCACUUAUAUGUGAUUUACUGCAAGGAUAUUUAAGUGUUUAAAAGAAUAGUACCCUCAGAAAACCCAAGCAACAACAGCACUUCCUUUCUUGUGCUUACUUCAGAUUUAAGAAGCUGUAGUAAAGUUAAAACAUGUAGAAUGGCACAUC